AUGUACCCGUUGCUCCUAGACCCCAGUGGACACACGAUCCCCAACGAUAUGAUAAUAGGCACCGGGGGCUACGGCGUGGUGAUUCGUGAAAACAAUGAAGCAAUCAAACUGCCACUCAGACACUCUGGAACCACCGCGGAGAGAACCCGAAUCCGAAUUCGAAACAUCCAUCAAGAGCGUGAUGCCUAUGGCCGCAUCGGAAUCCAUGACGGCGUGGUCCCCUUCCUCGGGGCGACAGAGAACACCAUCCGCCUCCAGUUCAUGCCCAAAAAGGAUCUCAGCACGUAUCUGGAGAAUUGUGGCCCAUCGCCACCCAAAUCUAUCCAGCUCUCAUGGAUCCUGCAGAUGGCUCGGACCCUUGAGUUCAUUCAUAGCCGCCGGGUGCUGAUUUGCGACAUCGCCUGCCGUAACAUGCUGCUGGACUCUCAGAUGAAUCUGCGCUUCUGUGACUUCGGCAAAUCAAAGGUACUGCCCAUGGAUACGUGUAUGGAGACUGUCAAUCUGUCAGGAUACUCGAUCCACACGGAUAUUGGACAACUCGGCUCGGCCAUCUAUCAAGUGGUCACCCGCGCAUUUGUCGCCUUCCUCCCCGCCAUACCAGAUAUCAUUACCAAUAAAACUAGUCGCUGGCCGGCCAAAAACACUCGGCCCAAGACGGACGGCAUCUGGAUGGGGGAGAUCAUCGACAAAUGUUGGACCAAGGGCUCCGUUGCUAACGUCGGGGAGCUUGUGCGGGAAAUAGAGACUUUUGCAGCAAGGCAGGAUAAGCUUGGGACUUCGAUAGAGGUAGGAGACAAUUGA